CAAUUAUUGUUUUUGUUUCAACAAAAAUAGUUGCAGGGCUAUCAUCGUGUUAAAUCUAAAUGUUCUUCAAUGUUGAGAUGCAUCCACAAAAGUCACAUAGCCCACAUGUGUUUUAAUCGCGUCAAUACCAAGUUUAUUCCUCGUCUUCAAUUGUUUUUUUUUUAGAUUUUUAUUAACAAAGUGUUAAUUUUUUCAUUCUUUGAGAUUAAGCCAAAAAAGCUGAUAAAAUGAGCGAUGAAUUGACAAAGGAGCAAACUGCAUUACUACGUAAUGCAUUUAAUGCUUUUGACCCAGAAAAGAAUGGAUAUAUAAACACAGCCAUGGUGGGUACGAUACUUAGCAUGUUGGGACAUCAACUUGAUGAUGCCACUCUUGCUGACAUUAUCGCUGAAGUCGAUGAAGAUGGUUCAGGACAAAUUGAAUUUGAAGAAUUUACCACACUGGCCGCCCGCUUUCUUGUCGAAGAGGACGCCGAAGCCAUGAUGGCUGAAUUGAAGGAAGCUUUUCGCCUUUACGACAAAGAAGGAAAUGGAUAUAUAACUACUGGCGUUCUUCGUGAAAUUCUACGCGAACUAGAUGAUAAAUUGACAAACGACGAUCUGGACAUGAUGAUUGAGGAAAUUGAUUCCGAUGGAUCGGGUACUGUUGAUUUUGAUGAAUUUAUGGAAGUAAUGACUGGUGGCGAUGACUAAAAGCUUAUUAAAAGAGUACAUCGAAAUAAGUAUUUCAACUUGAACUAUGCAAUCAAAAUUGUAAAACAUAAGAAAGCAUUAAAUUACAUUAUUUUGUUUAAUUUUAAAAAGUAAAUUGAUCGUAUGAAAAUGUAAAAUAUUGUUUAAUUACGCAUUUUUGUUAAACCCUUUCAAAUUACAGUGAGUGAAGAAAUUACAAAUACAAAAAGAUACCGUCGGUUCCACACAAA